GACAGGAUUGGGGGUUAACGGUUCUUGAGGGAGGAAAACACAGACGUGCGAAAAGCGAGUGGCUGUGCGGAACUGUUAUGUCAGAAUCGUUGGGAGAAAGGGUCGUUGCUGCUUGGAUUAUAAUGCCUUCCGUUUUUUUCUUAUGAUGUUUUCGCCCGGCGAGGAUUGUAGUGUGCGGCGAGAAACGGUGACUCUGUGAACUAUGCAUUUUCCCUCUCCUGGACUAAAAGUUCUGGACUGGUUGACAAGGAUUUUCAUCUUCGUUUGUGCAUGGGAGGUGACAUUAACAGGUUCAGCGACCACCCCUCAAGAGCUUUACUUCACCGUCGAACCUUCCGACACCACAGCUGUCCGCGAUGGCCCUGUCCUCCUCAAUUGCUCGGCGAAAGGUCCUUCGAUACCUGUCUAUGAAUGGAGGAGGGACGAGACCAGAGUACAACUGGUUGGAGAUGUGCGAAGAUCCAUCAUGAACAAUGGCUCGUUGUUCAUCAGCCAGGUGCAUCACACUCGGAAUGAAAGACCCGACGAAGGAAUGUACCAGUGUGCGGCCACUUUCAAGGAUGUUGGUACUAUCGUCAGUAAGCCCGCCAAACUCCAGAUUGCUAAUCUUCCGAGAUUUGACGAGCAACCUCAUGAUUUGACCGUGUAUCCCGGGCAAACUGCAUACUUUCCCUGUUCCAUUCAAGGUCAUCCGCCAGCUGAUAUCAUUUGGUACAAAGACGAUCGUCUUUUAAGAUUGGACAAAGAUCGUAUGACCCUUCUACCUAGCGGAGCGCUAGAAAUCCAACAUGUCAAAUCCUCAGAUAGUGGCACUUAUAAAUGCAAUGCUUCCAACAUUGAAAGGCACAGAAUCAGUGCCAUUGGAACACUUACUGUUAGUUUAGAUUAUGCUGAAGUAAGUAAAUUAUCGGCACCACAAUUCAUCGCCGUGCCCCGCAGCAGUUUCGUUGUGGAAUCCGAGAGCAUCACUUUGGAUUGCGCUGCUAAUGGAAAUCCAACUCCUAAAAUCACUUGGCUGAAAGACGGAGCAACUAUUGACUUGCAAGACGGAUCUGACGGCAGGCAUCGUAUCGUUGGCGCUGGAAGCUUGAUGAUAAAUCCUGUCAAAGAAGGAGACGAUGGUACUUAUAUGUGUCGCGCAGAAAACCAUGUGGACUCUGUGGACACCAGUGCCACCCUCGAAGUACAAGUUCCACCUCGGUUCGUCAAAAAACCCAAAACUGUGUACGCAUACGAAAAAGAAGACGUCGAGCUGGAAUGCGAAGUGUACGGCAAACCUGAGCCGAAAGUGCACUGGUUGAAAAAUGGUGACGCCAUCAUCCAGAGUGAAUAUUUCAAACUGGUGAAUGGCUACAAUCUUCGAGUUCUGGGUCUCGUACGAUCCGACGCAGGCGUCUACCAGUGCUUUGCGAUCAAUCCUGCUGGAGCUGUUCAGGCGACUGCUCAACUGAUACUGCUGCAACCAGUUGCUCCUUCUGCAAAGCCCAAAUCCUUCACAGGUGACCAGACGCACAGUAAGGAGGUGCCCACCGCGCCCGUGGAUGUGAAAGCAGUCAUUGUUUCCACUAGGUUCGUCACCCUGUCUUGGACGCAGCCAGAUAAAACUUACGGAGAAAUCAUCGCCUACUCUGUAUACUAUAAGGAAGACACUUCCACGAGAGAGCGAGUUCUAAAUACUACACGUCUAAGACUAGAAGAAAUUAACAUUCAGGGUCUCCAGCCUUCCACCAAAUAUCAGUUCCGUGUGGUGGCUUAUAAUGAACAUGGUCCUGGAACUAGCUCCGAAGAAAUAACAGUAGAGACACAGAGUGAAGUUCAUGUGCCGAGUGCUCCAAGAAAUCUGAAAGCUGUCGCUCUUUCUCCAGUUUCUAUACACGUGUCAUGGGACCCACCAGAAAGUGCAGCACUCGAACCUAUUCAAAAAUACAAGCUGUUUUACAUGGAAGAAGGUGCGUCUGAGGAGAGAGAAGUUUCCACAACGGAAGCCACCAGUCACACGUUAAGAGGACUCAGGAAAUUUACCGAUUAUAAUUUCUGGGUGGCAGCAUUCAAUGCCAACGGUCAAGGCUUGAAUUCAGAAGAAGUAACGGUGAAAACACUCUCAGAUGUACCGAGUGACACGCCACAAAAUGUGACAAUAGAAGCAUCGAGCUCAAGUACUGUCAUUGUUCGCUGGGAGCCUCCGCCAAAAGAGAGCCAAAAUGGCGUGAUUGUGGGCUAUAAAAUUCGCUAUAAACUGAAAGGUAGCCGCCGAGGUGACACCGUAACCACUGAUGGAAACAGAAGACUCUAUGCUCUUACUGGGUUGGAAAAGGGAGCGCAAUACAGCAUAAAAAUAUCGGCUUUAACUAUAAAUGGAAGCGGACCAGCCACAGACUGGAUAGUUGUCGAUACUUAUCAAAAUGAUUUGGAUGAAUCUCGAGUUCCCGAUCGACCUACCUCUCUACGAGCUCGCCCUACAGCUGACAGCAUCUAUGUGAGCUGGACGCCGCCUCGGAAUCAGAAUAUAAUGAUCCGAGGUUACACGAUUGGUUGGGGAAUCGGAUUCCCGGACGUCUAUACAAAAGUCCUGGAUGGAAAGCAGCGAUAUUACAACAUUGAAAAUCUCCAGCCAUCAUCAGAAUAUGUAAUAAGUCUACGAGCUUUUAAUCAAGUUGGCGAUGGUAUACCAAUCUAUGAGACAGUAAAAACAUUAAUUCAAGCACCUGCGGAACCUCCUACCCCGAUGCUUCCACCUGUGGGGUUGAAGGCCAUCGUUCUCUCGUCCUCCACUGUUGUCUUGUACUGGACAGAUAGCACGUUGUCUCGCAAUCAGUUGGUAACAGAUAAUCGAUAUUACACUGUGCGAUACAGUCCCUACUCUACGACCGGCGCCGCCAAAUACAGAUACUUCAAUUCCACUGACCUCAACUGUAUGAUUGACGAUUUGAGGCCCAACACGCAGUACGAGUUCAGCGUGAAGGUGGUGAAGGGAUCGAGGGAGAGUACCUGGAGCAUGAGCGUGAUCAACAGCACCCAAGAGGCCGCUCCGUCUUCGCCUCCCAGAGAUCUCACUGUGAUACCUUCCGAAGACGAUUCCUCCUCCGUCACUCUGACGUGGCAGCCUCCGAAACAGCCAAAUGGUCAAAUCACAGGAUACGUAGUUUUCUAUACUACUGACAGAGAAGAAACGAAGGAGAGAGAGUGGGUUGUAGAAGGCGUAAUAGGGGACAAAUUAUCCACAAGCUUGAGAAAUCUGCUAACCGACACUGUAUAUUUUUUUAAAAUUCAAGCCAGAAAUACAAAAGGAUAUGGCCCAUUAUCAUCUGAAGUGGUAUACAAAACACCACCAGGUUUGGCUAAUAACUUCUUGUAUAUUAUCAUCGCUGCUGUGUCGGGUGGCAUAGUGGUUAUCAUUCUCAUCAUUAUUGUUUCCGUUGCUUGCAGACGACGACACAAUGCUUAUUUAGCUCCAGUACAAAAGAACAGGUAUGGCGGACCCAAAACUACCAGCAGAGAACUGAAACCCCCUGAUUUGUGGAUCCAUCACGACCAGAUGGAGCUGAAGGAAAAAGUUCGUCAGGGAGAGCACCCCGGGUUGUCCAGGAGUCCUCACGAAACAGAUGUCAUGAUUGAUGUGAUGGAGAAAAAGAAAGGAUCUUAUAUUGAUGACAUGGCGUCAUUAGAUGGUGUAUCCGAUUCUAGUCAAUCCAGAGUAAAAUCAUUUUUAAUACCACCAGAAAAUUUCUGCCUUCCCCCUCCUCCUCCCACCUUAUCAGCUACCACUCCAGUUCCCAAUGGAGGUUUGGAAUCCCCUUAUGAAAUGGGUUCCAGCGGUUUGGCCCGACCCAUCUACCCGAGGACGCAAUACAACAUUCCUCAUGCUCAUGUCACAAUAGACGCUGCUCAUCCUGGUUCAUCAUCAUCUACUCUUACCUCUCCAUCGACGCGCACUCACCAUCCGUACGAUCAAGUAACUUCUCCCACUCUGCACAUCACCUUGGGUGGUGCUUCGGUGCUGGGCGGUACACCAGCCCAACAACACACGACCUACGCCAGUAACCCCAAUACAUCGGCGGCAGAAUGCACUUCCGUUUCGGGCACCCUCAGCAAAAGGCCACCCAAUCACUCUCUGAAAUCAUUCAGUGUGCCAGCACCUCCGUGCCAGAGCGCGCCUACAACCCCGCAACCACGGCACAUAGUGAAACCCCAGCAGGUGGCGAGUCCUCAAAAGAAACUGGUGACAAGCGGCGGACCAGCCACCCCUUCAUCUCAACAAUCAACCCUGAAGUCUCGGCCUUCCACCAUGCCCCGACAGCAAGACGGCAGUGAAAAGGAGGACCUGCCUGUAGCCUUCUUACAGUACUGAAGACUUGAGUGUGGAAAUGGCAAAUCUUGAAGGACUUAUGAAAGAUCUGAAUGCCAUUACAGCCUCGGAAUUCGAAUGUUGAAAAGCCCAAAAAAAUACCUUAAGGCGACAAAUAUUUAUCAGCACAAUUUGUGCUUUUUUCACAUAGCAAUGACAAGUGCAGAGUUGCUGCAUUACUACCUGUACCUGUGAUUACUAUAAUGUUAUCUUUUAUUCAAAAUGAAAUCAUUGUUUUGAAUCAUUCAUCUUCAAAAAUGUUGCAUUCAUACUUUUUGUAAGGCCAAAACACGAGUAUUUAAUUUGGAAGUAAGCUGUUUAUGUUGUAAAAAAAUUAUUUAUAGAGUGUAGCUGUGUAUAAAGCUCAUGCAAAGUAUUUGCUACCUUUAAUACUGUUUCCAUUUGAUGAUGUAUGUUGUGAUUCAUUAACUGCUACUCCCACAAGGAAUGACAAUGCUUUAAAUAUUUUUUUAUAUGGUGUAGAACAAGAUGAACCCUUUUUCAAUUAAAAUAGGCAAUUGGUAAUAUUCCCUUGAAUUCAGAUUUUAACGAUAUUCCAUGUUGAACCAACUGGUUCAAAUACAUAGCAAAAUUCAUACAUAUAGAAUGGAAAGUUUUAAAAAUGGUAAUAAUCUUAAUUUCUUCUGCAAUAUUUAUGACAAAUGUGAAUGUUCUCAUAAGUAUGAAUCUUAUAGUUCAACAUUCAGGGCCAUAUUACAGAAUAACAAAUUUUUCAUACAAGAAGAAUUUUAAUUAAAUGGACCAACUUGAUGAUUUUAUUAAGCUGGCUAUAAGGUAUCAUGAUUAGAGUUUUUAAAAAUUUCACAUCUACAUCAUAUCAUUUUCCAUUGUUUUGAAGUUAUGACUAUUACUGUAAAACUAGACAAAUCACAGUUUAUUUUGAGUAUUGAAUGAGAAAGUCUGUUGCAAAUGACUACAAAUAAUACUUGAUAUUAGAUUAAAAUGCAAUUUUUUUCUUCUUUCAAAAUGUCAUGUCCUGCUAAAAAUUGCAAAUCCAAUGUUUUUUUGUAAAACUAUUUGCAAUAAAUUUACGUAGUCAAUUUAAGGAGACAUUAUACAUGGAUAAAUAUAUUUAAAAAUUGAAAUACCUCUGCACUCAGAAUUGUUUGUAGCAAUUUUUAAAGAAAUCUUUUUGUCUGAAAAAUUCGCUUUAAGAGUUAUUAAAUAAGAGUGCAUAAUCUUUUCUGAUGUACAAUGUUAUGUAUUUGAAUCAAGAAAUAUAAGAAAGUAGGGUUCAGCUUGUUAGAAAGAAAUGUAAAUAUUGUAACAUAUCUAAUUUCUUGGGAAAAGCAUGCUUCAACGAAUGUUUCAUUUGUAAAAAUAUAUCAGUUCCAUUCUUCUUAACAUAUUUAUAUACAGUUAAGUACUGUACAGUCAAAUGCCCAGCAUAAAUACAAGGGCUUCUGUGUCUUGUCUUUCUGUACUGCAUAUUGUAUACUGCGACUGAAACUAAUCCUCUUUUUAUACAAAACAAUUCAUGAUUUGUACUAUGUCACAAAAGAAAAAUAAAGGUCUUUGCUUCAAUGAA